AUCAUGCACUUAGUCUAUUUUGUUGGGUAUCAAUAAGCUGAGGUUACAUUCCCUUCAAAACUGCAAGAAAUCUUGCAAAGAUUACGUUUUACAAAAACUAUAAAGGUGAAACUGUCAUCAGACACGUGCACACCCACUGUGCUGUCAGGCACACAAGACAGUGAUAAGCCAGAUGUUGGCAUGUCUUCCGGUAAAGUCAAAGCGACGCACUACACAUGUUAUACAGCCGUGUUCGCACGCGCACGUCAACCUGAAGUUCCCACUGUUGCCGUAUCUUUUGAAACUGCCAGGUGUCGCUGUUGUGAGGUCAGGAGGUCACGAGUGUGCGUCCCGCCUGAAACUGUUUGUGAAAGUAAAAGUGCAUCAGAUGAUCUACGGUAUGGAGCGUUGGGUCGGCCGUGUAGCGCUGGUGACCGGCGCGUCUGUGGGGAUCGGGAACGACACAGCCCGUGCACUGGUCCAGCAUGGCAUGAAGGUGGUGGGGUGUGCUCGGGACGUGGACAAGAUACGGGAAACUGCAGCUGAGCUGCAGCAGGCAGGUGCUGCAGGACAGCUGUACCCUGUCCAGUGUGACCUGACAGUGGAAGCUGAGAUCAGAGCCAUGUUUGACAACAUUGAGGCGGAACAUGGCGGCGUGGACGUUUGUAUCAACAACGCUGGUUUGUCCAUGAAGGCCCCUCUGCUGUCUGGUAGUUUUGAGGCAUUCAGGACGAUGACAGAUGUGAACAUCCUGGCGCCCACCCUCUGUACCCAGCUGGCUGUGCAGCAGAUGAAGAAGCGAGGAGUGGACGAUGGACACAUCAUCACCUUAAACAGGUAUUUUAUUUAUCUAUAGAGAUUUACAACAUUU